AUGGCGAAUCUCCAGACCGUCUGCUGUAUGUGCGGCGACGUUGGUUUCCCGGACAACCUCUUCCGUUGUACCAACUGCCACCACCGUUUUCAGCACUCAUAUUGUAGCAAUUACUAUAAGGAAGUUGCAACUGAAUUGUGUGAUUGGUGCCAAAGCGAUCAAAUCAAAAGCUCAUCUUCCUCGUCAUCAAGACAUUACAGUGCUGGUGUAUCAUCGAAGAACAUUCCAACUAUGUCCAAUUCAGGAUCGGAACAUUCCAACAAGAACGAGACCAUGAUAUUGCAAAGUUACACCAAAACCAAUGAGAAAAAAGGUGAAAAUCAAGUGUUGGCCGUCACAAAAUCUUCGAGGCCUACCAUAAGGAGAUACAAGCUUCUCAAGGAUGUUAUGUGUUAA